AUGAAUGAAAACAAUCACAAUGGCGGCGGAGGCAAAUCAGCAGCAACAGACGACAGCAAAGAGGAGACGCCACAACGAUGCAGAGAUCGAAAGUGGUGUCAGUCGGCAUCUCUGUCUGACUACAAAGAGUCCUUCAAACAACUCACGAUACUGUCUUGGCCAGUGGCUCUGUAUUCCGUAUCCGGUGUCAUUAUUAGCAUGACGUCUAUUGCCUUUACUGGUCACAUUGGGAAGGAUGAGAUUGCUGCUUCUGCUCUCGCACAAUCGAUCAUUCAUGUAACCUGGCGGUCAGUCAUGUUUGGCUUCACAUCAGCUGCGGACACAUUGUUUUCACAGACUUAUGGAAGUGACAACAAAAAGAGAGUGGGAAUCAUCUUGCAGCGUUUUUUUGUCCUGACAGUGUUGUUGUCAGUUGUGUGCUCGGGAGUCUUAAUCAACACUGAAGGACUUCUUCUACUUGUGGGGCAAGACCCAUACAUCGCCAGAUUAGCAAGACCUUUUGGCUCCAUUUUCAUUCUAGCAACACCAGCAGACGCUGCACUUGCCUUAAUCAUCAAAUACCUCGAGAGUCAGAGUAUUGUGCGCCCUCUAGUGGUCAUAAUUAUCCUGAUGAGUGGAAUAAAUGUGCUCUUACAUUUUAUCCUGGUGUCUGCAUUAAGUUAUGGAAUGAUAGGUGCUGUUAUCGGCCAAGUAAUCAGCUAUUAUCUUGGAGCAUUCAUGUCGCUGUUUUACAUAUACUGGAAAAAACUUCACAAGGAAACUUGGCCUGGCUGGUCGUGGGAAUGCCUGCAGGAGUGGGGGACCGUGUUGAGAUUAGGUCUCCCAGGCGUAGCCGUCAUCUGUGUAGAAUGGUGGACCUUUGAGACUGGGUAUUUUCUCACAGGUUUGCUUGGCAAGACUGAGGUUGGUGCUCAUGCGAUCUUGUUCAGCUUAGGUGGUGUCUGUUGGUCUGUUUCUGCUGGCUUUGGUGUAGGUACUUCUAUCCUCAUAGGAAAUAACUUAGGAGGCAACAAACCUGACAGGGCCAAGCUUUUUUCUGCUUGCGGCCUCAUGCUUGGGACAACUGCUUCAGUGGUCUUUAUCAUUCUAUAUUUGUCUCUUCAAAAUGUUCUUGGAUAUAUCUUCACAACCGAUAGUGAUGUUAUUCAGCUAGCUUCAAGUGUUGUUCCCAUUUUUGCUGUCUUCAUUCUAGUCGACAGUCUGAAUGCUGUGUGCCAUGGUGUUCUACGUGGAUGUGGCUACCAAAAAGUUAGUGCUAUAGCAGUCUUCACUUGCUUCAAUCUUAUAGCUAUUCCUUUGGGUUGCACGUUGACGUUUGUCUUUGAUUAUGGAUUCAAAGGUAUCUGGUUAGGUUUGAUGACUGGACUUGUUGUAGAGGCACCGUUUCUCCUGCUUUUCAUCUCAUUUAUUAAGUGGGACAAAGAAGCCGUUAAGGCACAGAAAAGAGCUGCUGUUUUGGGAGAUUCUGAUGAAAAAAAGGCACUUCGUGGUGAUGAAGAAACUCCAGUACAGCUGGCUCCAGUCAAUGACAGUGGGACAGUUGACAACACAAUGCAACAAGUAGACAAAUCUACUGAUAUGAGAAGUGUUGAUAGUGCAGUAGAUUUCAAGCCAGUGACUAACAGUGAAGAUGUUAAGACUGAGGAGCGUUGUCUGGAGACUUCAAUCGCUGCUGAUGAUGAAGAAAAGGAGUCAGAGCCCCUACAAUCUGAUCAAAGUAAUUGUGUUGGUGAAGUGGCAGAUGGAAAGGCUAGCUCAAGCCUUGGUGAUGUCAAUGCUUUACAAGACAGCAGUACGGCUGGAUGUGAAGAGGCAGACGCCAGAAAUGAAGACACACAAGAUGAGAAGGGUGAUGUCAUUGAAAUCCUUACCUUGGAUAAGUUGUCGUUGAAUCAGCUGAUUUUACGUCGUGGUCUAGCUCUCUUCCUCUGUGUGUCUUUCUUCAUUAUAUGCACCUUGAUUUCUGUGUACAUUGUGCCUACAUUGAGACCAGCCAUCAGUCCAAACUUUGCAAAUACCACUGCAAACUAUACCUCUUAUGACUUAUUGACAGAGAGUUAUCAAUAAAACAAUCUAAUACGUGCUAUGUACGGAUACUUGACUUUUAACGGUUUAGUUACGGGGACGGUACACUCAUCCUCGAUCGCAGUAUGUGUGUGUGAGUUACUUGCAAUUAGAGCUGCCACGCGCUACCUAGGACCGUUGCAUGUGUAUAAUUGCACUGCGACUGUUGCACGAACGGCAGACAAAUAGGCAGCGCCUAACGACUUGUCAUCAAGUCUAACAGAAAAGGUGCUAGUUCAAAGUACAUUCCCCUUUUUAAAGGGUCAGUAUACAUUUGUUUUUUUGGAACCCUUCAAAUGUUUCAAUCCUAUGUAGAGAUAUACAAUAAAAAUAACCCAUGAAAACUUCAAUCAUUUCAAAAGGUUAUCGCAUUUUUGAGUUAUCGCCAAAAAUCAAGAGUGAAUAAUAUUCACUUAGGAAGAAUAAUCCCUAAUUAGAAUACACAUAAUCUUAGAACACACAUAACCUUAUCAAGGUUUUCGGGAUAAAAAGUGGUAUAUUUUUCUUAACUGCAUUACUUUGAAGUGAAAUGUUUUUGAUAAAUGAUUAUACUACCCAAAGCUGCUAUACUUCUUAGUAUGCAAGUUUUUGUUGGAAUUAAUUUUCAGAGUCGCUUCCAAAGGUACACAGACCAUUCAAAAACUUUAACUUAUUUAUAAGCUUUAAUGUAAAUGCAAAUGAUGCCAUUGUUCUAUAAUAUUAACAUUUGCUGCGGUUUUUAAUUAUAAUAUUUACCUAAAUAUGCACUUACUCCUGCACCUCUAUAAAAACGUGUAUAUAUUUUAAAGAUAAUACAUACUUGUUUUUAUGUAUGUAUUAAUUAUAGAACUGCCCGACUUAUUAAGUACAACAAUACCUCAAAACGAUAGAGUUAUUUGAUGGUUUUAUACAAUGGACUUAAGUCACUUAAUUUGCAAUAAACAGUUUGGUAAACUUUGAUAAAUUUUUCCAUCCUCUUACAAGUUUUACCAGUUUUAUAGUUUAUUUGGAUCUGCCUAGAGUCGCUCCUAGUCUAUUUUGUAUCUGUAUUAACUUGCUGUAAAACAAUCAAACCUACUUGCCAUACUUGUUUUAAGUUUUGUAUUGUACACGAAAGAUUAUUUUACGUGUGGUUUUUAUGGUGUAUUUUAGAGUGGCGGGGUGUAAACUUUGGUUUAAUAUUACAAGGUAAUGCGUUGCAUUUUUUGUGGUAAAAAUUAUGCAUCAUAAAAGCUUGAAAUGGCAGUUUUUAACAUUUCAACCUUAUUUCAGCGAUUGUAGAGAUUUUUUAGAUGUUAAUUUAGUGUGCUCAAAAGAUUAUUUUAUUUGUGUAUUUAAAGUUAUAUAGUGUCUUUCUUCGUUAACUUGGGUUUAACAAGGUAAUAUGUUGCAUUCGUGGUAAGAAUUAUGCACCACCAAAGACUCUAGAUGCCAUUUUCCAAAUAGCUGGCUGUAGCUUCGGCCGGUGUCACAUGCAAUUAUGUCCUCUAUGCAAUACUAUCCGAAGGCGUUAUUGCAUAUAUGCAAUAAUGU